AUGGGUCAGAGGGUCGUAGGACCCGUCGAGUGGCAAGGACGGUCGGGGGGUAGGCGUAUGCCUAACCCUCGGCCCACCCAAGCUCCGAGGCGUGGUGCCGAGGACGAGCGGGGAAAGGACCCGGAGCCAGUAGUCACGUCGGACGAGAGCGAGCUGGAGUGGGAGGAGGACCCAAAGAAAGAGAUGAGGACCUGGCGGCUGAAGAGGGCCAGGAGCGGAACCGAUAACCGGAUCCUUCCGGGGACCGCGCCUGUGUUCGAGGAGGCGAGGCGGAACCCUAGAGGAAGCGGGGGGACGUCAGCAGCUAUAGCAAACGCCAUCGUGAAGAUGCGGAGACUGGAGGCCGACCUAGUGGUGGCCAUGGGAGCCCCGCAUCCGGAACGGAUGGCAGCGAGGGAGGAGUACGAGGCCGCCAAGGCAACGCGCGUCCGCAUGCAGCAGCGGGCAGCCAUGGCGGCCAUGCACGAAGUCCUGCAGAGGUCGAGGACCAAGGAGGAGGAGGAGAGAAGGUGGCUCCAGGAGCUCGAAAGGGCAGAGGAGGAGGAGUGCGCGGCAUGGGAGCUGGUCGCCUGGCACGAGGAGGGAGAAGCCGGUGGCAAAGGAAGAGAGGUACCCGCCACUCCGCGGUACAUACACUCGGAGGAAGUGAUGAAGGAAGAGACCCCGGAGCCGUCCCCACCCCCGUCACCCAUAGCGUCGGCGAGGAUCCCACCUACGCCCCGGCCACGGCACUGGCCACCCAGCCCCCCACCCAACCCGGUGCCGACCGCCCGUACACCCACGGCUCCACCCACCCAACCGGAACCCCAGGACCCCGUGGAAAACAAGGACCCUCCGACCCCGCAAGCCAGGAUGUCGCACCAAGUGCGGGAGUACUCCGAAGGAGGCAGACGAUGGCAGCAACAGGUCGUCACGUGGACAUGGCCGGUUGGCCCCGAAGUGCCCAAAGGAGAAGAGGCGCCGGUCCAUGGUGGUUGGGCUCCGCCAACUCCGGAUACUGCGGCCGAGCUGGAGAAGGGGCCAUGGGUGUGGCCAUCACCCAGGGACACCCCAAGGCCCGGACUCCAGCGUCAGUCAUCCGCUCCAGCGGUGGGUGUCCUCGCAUCCCGGCCGUCCUGGGUGCGGACGGCGUCUACAUCAGAGGUCCAGCGAUGGGCUCCGAUUCCGGAGGCGGAAUUGCCCGCGGAAAUCGUGGAUGAGCCGGUGAUCCGGGACGCCAAGCGCUGA